CACGAGUCCGUUCUCCCUUUUCCUUCAACACGAACUAUGGCUGAACCAGGGAAGAAGCCGGAUCUUUCUGGUUACAACUAUGGGGCCAUUUCGUCUUUGGUCUUGACGGCCGACCGUUCUGCUCUUCCGCGUCGAGACAGGGAACCCGAUGGCGCGCCUACUUCACUCGCUGGCCGAAUAGACCCCAGCGAAAUGGGUUCUCGUGCGCUUCGCGAGGCCCCCAAAGACCUCGACAAGAAAAAGAAGAAGGCCGCCGACCGACAGGACCCUGACAAGCAGGCUACGCGACGGAAGGCAGAGGCGUCGGGAUUCUCGUACACGGAUAUCAUCGAGGCGACGCAGGAUGUCGAAGGGCUCAACUACCGUCCCAGAACAACAGAGACACGCGAGGUCUAUGAACUUAUCCUCUCUGCCGUUCACUCGACUAUUGGGGACCAAGCCCAGGACAUCGUUCGCAGCGCGACCGACAUCGUGUUGGAGGUUUUGAAAAACGAGAACAUGAAGGACUUCGACAAGAAGAAGGAGAUCGAGGAUGUGACCGGCACCCUCGGGAACGAGCAAUUCUCUCAGCUUGUCAGCUUGGCCAAAAAAAUCACCGACUACGGGGCUGAAGACGAGACCAAGUUGGAUCCAGACAUGGAGCAAAAGGACGCGCAGAUUGACGAGGACCUGGGUGUCGCUGUUGUCUUCGACGAAGAUGAGCAGGAGGACGAGGACGAGGAUCAGUUUGAAAUCAGGGACGAGUCGGAUGAUGAAGAGAGGGAGCCGGAAGAUGCACCCCCUGAGGAUGCUGAGGACGGAGACGAGCUCGUAAUUGGAGGCGAACGCUCUCAGGCCAAAGAAACCAAGGCUGACAAGGAUAUUGUGAAGCCUCAUGCCAUCGACGCCUUUUGGGUCCAGCGGCAAAUAUCUGAAAUCUACCCUGACCCUGUCACCGCUGCCGACAAGUCCGCCUCCGUCAUCUCAAUCCUUGGGUCUGAAUCGAGUCUUCGUGAUUGCGAAAAUCAACUCAUGGAGCUGUUCGAGUACCAAUCUUUCCACGUGACCACCAAGUUCCUCAAAAACCGCGACGUUAUCGUCUGGUGCACGAAACUUAUUCGAAGUGAUGCAGACGAACGCGUCAACGUUGAGGUGGCCAUGAGAGAGAAGGGUGUUGGUUGGAUAUUGCGGGAGCUAGCGGGGGAUCGGACGUCAACGAAGACCCGAGCCUUGGACGCAAUGGAUGUCGACGACGAGAAACGUGCCGUUCCCAAGACGGCGACGUUGGCGCCUGGUUCCACUCUCCAGCCGAAGCGUACUGUCGAUUUGGAAAGUAUGGCUUUCAGUCAAGGCGGCCAUCUCAUGUCGAACAAAAAGUGCAAGCUUCCGGAGGGCUCGUUCAAACGUGCUCGGAAAGGUUACGAAGAGAUUCACGUGCCUGCACCCAAGAAGAAGACGAUCCCUGACACCGACUUGGUCGCCAUCGCCGAUCUUCCUGAAUGGGCUCGCCCGGCUUUCACGGUGAACAAGUUGAACCCUGUGCAGAGCAAGUUGUAUCCGAUCGCCUUUGGCACCGACGAGCCAGUUCUCCUUUGUGCUCCAACUGGAGCUGGCAAGACUAACGUUGCGAUGCUGACUGUCCUGAAUGAACUGGGAAAACAUCGCGACGCAGAAACUGGCGCUUUCGAUCUCGACUCGUUCAAGAUUGUCUACAUCGCACCGAUGAAAGCGCUCGUGCAAGAAAUGGUCGGCAACUUCACUGCCCGUCUCCAAGUCUUCGGGAUUAAAGUCGGCGAGCUGACGGGUGACUCUCAAAUGACGAAGCAGCAAAUUGCUGAGACCCAGAUUAUCGUCACCACGCCAGAGAAGUGGGACGUGAUCACUCGCAAGAGCACGGACACCAGCUACACCAACCUCGUGCGUCUGAUCAUCAUCGACGAGAUCCACCUGCUGCAUGACGAGCGUGGGCCUGUUCUGGAGAGUGUCAUUGCUCGGACAAUACGGCGGAUGGAGCAGACCAACGAGUACGUGCGCCUUGUGGGACUUUCUGCGACGCUUCCCAACUACCAGGAUGUGGCAACGUUCCUGCGUGUCGACGAGAGCAAGGGCCUGUUCUAUUUCGACUCGGCGUACCGGCCCUGCGGUCUGCAACAGCAAUUCAUCGGCAUCACGGAGAAAAAGGCCAUUAAACGCUACCAGGUGACGAACGAGGUCUGCUACGAGAAAGUACUAGAUCAGGCUGGCAAGAACCAGACGCUCGUCUUUGUCCAUUCUCGUAAGGAGACGGCGAAGACGGCGAAAUUCCUUCGUGACAUGGCUAUUGAGAAGGAGACCAUCACUCAAUUCGUCAAGCCAGAUGGCGCCGUGCGCGAGAUCCUGACUGAAGAAGCGAACAAUGUCAAGGACGCCAAUCUUCGUGAUCUCCUGCCCUUUGGUUUCGGCAUCCAUCAUGCCGGAAUGUCGCGAGAAGAUCGUGGACUGGUGGAAGAGUUGUUUGCGGACGGCUCCCUGCAGGUGCUGGUCUGCACGGCCACUCUUGCCUGGGGAGUGAAUCUACCCGCGCACACGGUGAUCAUCAAAGGCACGCAGAUCUACAACCCGGAGAAGGGGCGCUGGGUGGAGUUGUCUUCGCAGGAUGUUCUGCAGAUGCUUGGACGUGCUGGUCGACCGCAGUAUGACACCUUCGGCGAGGGCAUCAUCAUCACCAACCACUCGGAGCUCCAGUAUUACCUCAGUCUACUGAACCAGCAGCUUCCGAUCGAGUCUCAGUUCGUGUCGAAACUUGCCGACAAUCUGAAUGCGGAGAUCGUGCUGGGAACGAUUCGGAACCGAGAUGAAGCUGUUCAGUGGCUGGGCUACACCUAUCUGUACGUGCGCAUGCUCAAGUCGCCAGCACUGUAUGGGGUUGGUGUUGAUUACCAGGAGGACGACAACGGCCUGGUGCAGAAACGUGCCGACAUUGUCCACUCCGCUGCUGUCUUACUCGAGAAGACCCAACUGCUCAAAUAUGAGCGGGCGUCUGGUCGCUUCCAGAGCACGGAGCUGGGCAGGAUUGCGUCCCAUUACUACGUGACGUACAACUCGAUGAUGGUCUACAACCAGCAUCUGCGGCCAACCAUGUCCACUCUCGAGUUGUUCAGAGUCUUCGCAUUGUCGAACGAAUUCAAGCUCCUCCCUGUUCGUCAAGAGGAGAAGCUUGAACUUGCCAAGCUGCUCGACCGUGUCCCCAUUCCUGUCAAGGAGAGUGUGGAAGAACCCGCGGCCAAGAUCAAUGUCUUGCUGCAGGCAUACAUCUCUCAGCUCAAGCUGGAUGGCUUCGUCCUUGUGGCCGACAUGGUCUUCAUUCAGCAGUCGGCAGGACGGAUUCUUCGUGCCAUGUUCGAGAUUUGCCUUAAACGUGGAUGGGCCGUGCCGGCCAAAGCCGCACUCGACUUGUGCAAGAUGGUCGAGAAACGGAUGUGGGGCUCGAUGACACCCUUGCGACAAUUUAAAGGAAUUCAGGCUGAUAUUGUCCGCAAGGCAGAGGGCAAGCAAUUCCCUUGGUAUCGCUACUUUGAUCUGUCGCCUCCUGAAAUUGGGGAACUGAUCGGAAUCCCGAACGCUGGUCGACUGGUGCAUCGUUUGGUCCACAGCUUCCCCAAGCUACAACUUCAAGCUCAGGUCCAACCAAUCACACGUUCACUGCUGCGCAUCGAUCUAUCCAUCAUGCCCGAUUUCCGUUGGGACGACAAGAUCCACGGCGGUUCUGAGACAUUCCUCGUCUUGAUCGAAGACGUGGACGGUGAAAUCAUUCUGUUCCACGACACAUUCGUGCUGCGAAAGCGCUAUGCCGAAGACGAGCACCAUGUCACGUUCACUGUGCCGAUGUUCGAACCCAUUCCUCCCAACUACUACCUCUCAGUCAUCUCGGACCGGUGGCUCCAUUCUUACACUCGCAUUGCCAUGUCAUUCAAGCAUCUCAUUCUGCCUGAGAAGUUCCCUCCGCCGACACCGCUGUUGGACUUGCAGUCGCUGCCGCUCUCGGCGCUGCACAACAAGGAGUUCGAAUCCAUCUACAGUGACUCGAUCCAAUCGUUCAACAAGAUCCAGACACAGGUGUUCCAGGCCUUGUACACCUCGGACGAGAACGUGUUCAUCGGUGCCCCGACCGGCAGCGGCAAGACCAUCUGCGCUGAAUUUGCGCUGCUGAGGUUGUGGAGUAACCGGGAGCAGCCACGAGCGGUCUGCAUCGAGCCCUACCAAGAGAUGGUCGAUCAGCGUGUGCAAGAAUGGCGCGCCAAGUUUGGCACUCUGCAAGGCGGCAAGGAGAUUGUCAGUCUCACGGGCGAGACAAGUGCAGACUUACGGCUGUUGGAGAAGGGUGAUGUGAUUGUCUGCACGCCUACUCAAUGGGAUGUGAUCUCCCGACGAUGGCGCCAGCGCAAAAAUGUCCAGAACAUCGGGCUUUUGAUCGCGGACGAGAUCCAGCUUGUCGGAGGUGAGGUCGGCCCAACAUACGAGGUGGUUGUUUCCCGCACUCGGUACGUGUCGGCGCAGACAGAAAAGAAGACGCGGAUUGUUGCAUGUGGUGUGUCACUUGCCAAUGCGCGAGAUCUGGGCGAAUGGAUUGGCGCACCGUCCCAUGCGAUCUUCAAUUUCUCUCCCAGCGCACGGCCGCUGGACAUGGACAUCCAUCUCCAAUCUUUCACCAUUCCCCACUUCCCAUCUCUCAUGAUUGCGAUGUCAAAACCUGCGUACCUCGCCAUCGUCGAGCACUCGCCGUUCAAGCCUGUGAUUGUCUUCGUUCCCUCUCGUCGACAGUGCCGAUUGACAGUAGACGAUCUGCUCAUCCACUGCGCGGCGGACGACAAGCCUGAUCGAUUCCUCAACGUGGACGACGUCGAGGUGAUCGCGCCCCAUCUCGCCAACAUCAGCGAUCAGGACCUGGUCGAGUGCCUGAAACACGGCAUCGGCUUCUACCACGAAGCGCUAAGCAAGCAAGACAAGCGCAUCGUGCAGCGGCUGUUCGAGUCGGGUGCCGUCCAGGUCUUGGUCGCAUCGCGGGACACGGCUUGGAGUCUUCCGGUGGCGAGCUACAUGGUCAUCAUCAUGGGUGUGCAGUCGUACGAGGGCAGGGAGCACCGAUACGUCGACUACCCAGUGAUGGACGUGCUUCAGAUGAUGGGCCGGGCGUGUCGGCCGAGGGAGGACGACCGCAGUCGGUGCGUGUUGAUGUGCCAGCAGACUCGGAAGGAGUUCUACAAAAAGUUCCUUGCGGAGGGUCUGCCCAUCGAGUCGCAUCUGUCGACGCAUUAUCUGCACGACUAUUUCCUGGCUGAGAUUGCGGUCAAGACCAUCGAAAACAAGCAGGACGCGAUGGACAUUCUGACUUGGACGUAUUUCUACCGUCGCAUGACCCAAAAUCCGAACUACUACAACUUGCACAAUGUCUCUCACCAGCACCUUUCGGAUCACCUUUCCGAGCUGGUCGAAAGCACGCUCACGGACCUCGUCAACGCCAAGUCGAUUUCGAUUGAGGACGAGAUGGAUGUGUCUGCCCUCAACUUGGGCAUGAUCGCUGCUUACUACAACAUCUCCUACGUGACGGUCGAGAUCUACACUCUGUCGCUCAAGGAUAACACGAAGCUCAAGGGCAUCCUGGACGUGGUCGCCUCGUCCACCGAAUUCGAGUCGAUACCGAUCCGCCGUCACGAAGAGGCGCUCCUCCGUCGUAUCUACGAUCGGGUCCCGGUCAAGCUCGCGCAGACGGACUUUGAAGCACCCCAAUUCAAGACGUUCCUGCUCCUGCAGGCGCACUUUUCCCGGUUGCACCUCCCGCCAGAUCUGGCGGCGGACCAGGCCAUGGUGCUCGAGAAGGUGCUGAACCUGCUCUCUGCAUGUGUGGAUGUGAUGUCCUCGAAUGCCUGGCUCAAUGCACUCGGCGCGAUGGAUCUGUCGCAGAUGUGCGUGCAGGCCGUGUGGGAGUCCGACUCGCCUCUGAAGCAGAUUCCGCACUUUGAGCCUGAUGUCCUCGCGCGCUUCAAAGAAGCUGGGAUUGAGUCUGUGUAUGACGUGAUGGAGAUGGAAGACGACGACCGCACGAAACUGCUGCAGAUGACACCGGCACAGACUAAAGACGUGGCCGUCUUCGUCAACUCAUAUCCCACGCUCGAGGUCUCGCAUGAGCUCGUCAAGGGCGAGUACACCGCGGGUGCACCCAUCAUUCUGCAAGUAGCUCUGCAGCGAGAUGUCGACGAGGACGACGCGGAUGACGGCGCUGGCGCGGUGAUCGCGCCGUUCUACCCGUCGCAGAAGAUGGCGAACUGGUGGGUCGUGGUCGGCGACUCUGCGUCGAGGAAGCUGCUGGCCAUCAAGCGCGUGACGGUGACCAAGAGCCUGUCCGUCAAGCUCGAGAUCACGUUGCCGAAGGGGACGCACUUGCUCAAGCUGUAUGUCAUCUGCGACUCGUACAUCGGUGCAGACCACGAUAUCUCGCUGGAACCGAUUUCCGUCGCGGAGGGCGAAGACAGCGACAGCGACGAGGAUGACAGCGACGAUGCGAUGGAGGAGUAG